AUGGAUAGAAGAGUCAAGAGCUGCCAAGGCGAUGAGGCAUCUUCUGAAACUGAUCUUCGGUGCUCCUUAGAAAGGUUCGCGGCCGAGUGCGACGUGACCGGCUUGCGUGUGAAUGCAUCUGAAACGAAAAGCGUAGUGCUUUCUCGUUCCCCUGCCCAUUGCUCUCUUCAGAUUAACGGAGAGGCAGUGGAGCAGGUGGGGAAGUUCAAGUACCUCGGAACUGUAUUUACUAGUGAUGGAAAAUUGGAGGAAGAGAUCGACAGGCGAAUUAGAGUAGCCGGUGGCGUUCUGCGUUAG